CAGGCGGUCGGGCCACGACCCCUCAGGGACUUUCUGUGGGGGAGGGGCGAAUCUUGCAAGGCCUGGAUGACCCCAUCCCUAGAGAAAGGCAGAGCGGGGCUGUGGCGGGGAGGACGGCCGAGUGGACCAGGGAAGAUGGAAGAGCUGAGUCAAGCCCUGGCUAGUAGCUUUUCUGUGUCUCAAGAUCUGAACAGCACAGCUGCCCCACACCCCCGCCUGUCCAAGUACAAGUCCAAGUACAGUUCCCUGGAGCAGAGUGAGCGCCGCCGCCGGUUAUUGGAACUGCAGAAGUGCAAGCGGCUGGAUUAUGUGAAUCAUGCCAGAAGACUGGCUGAAGAUGACUGGACAGGGAUGGAGAGUGAGGAAGAAGAAGAUAAGAAAGAUGAUGAAGAAAUGGACAUUGACACUGGCAAGAAGUUGCCAAAACGCUAUGCUAAUCAAUUAAUGCUCUCUGAGUGGUUAAUUGACGUCCCUUCAGAUUUGGGGCAGGAAUGGAUUGUGGUCGUGUGCCCUGUUGGAAAAAGAGCCCUUAUCGUAGCCUCCAGGGGUUCUACCAGCGCCUACACCAAGAGUGGUUAUUGUGUCAACAGGUUUUCUUCCCUUCUGCCAGGAGGCAAUAGGCGAAACUCAACAACAGCAAAAGACUACACAAUUCUGGACUGCAUUUACAGUGAGGUGAACCAGACAUACUACGUUCUGGACGUGAUGUGCUGGCGGGGACACCCUUUUUAUGACUGCCAGACUGAUUUCCGAUUCUACUGGAUGCAUUCAAAGUUACCAGAAGAAGAAGGACUGGGAGAGAAGACCAAGCUCAAUCCCUUUAAAUUUGUAGGGCUAAAGAAUUUCCCUUGUACCCCUGAGAGCCUGUGUAAGGUGCUGUCUAUGGAUUUCCCUUUUGAGGUAGACGGACUUCUCUUCUACCACAAGCAGACCCACUAUAGCCCUGGAAGCACUCCUCUGGUGGGCUGGCUGCGCCCAUACAUGGUGUCAGAUGUUCUUGGAGUAGCUGUGCCAUCUGGCCCACUGACCACCAAGCCAGAAUAUGCUGGGCAACAGCUCCAGCAGAUUAUUGAGCACAAGAGGAGCCAGAAGGAGGGCUUGAAGGAGAAACUCACACACAAGUCCUCUGAGAACGGACAGUAUGAGUUGGAGCACCUGUCUACCCCUAGGCUGAAGAGCCUUCCCCAUACCCCAGACCACCCUAGUAGCCUCAUGGAGAACUAAAGAGGGCAGCCUCCUUUGGGAGUCACAGGACCGUGCUUGGUCCCAGAAGGAAGGCUGGGGAGGAGGGCAGUGACAACAGGUGACUUCGUUUUAGAGUGGACUUUCCAAAGCCACUCCAGCUGGAAACAGAUUAUCUCCUACCUGAAAUGCUGGCUCAAACAGUUGGGGGAUGUUCCCAGAUUGGGUGGUGGUUGGAUUUGAGCAGUAACUCCUAUGAAAAGUGUAUCCCAGAUCCACAGUGUAAAUAUAUGUAAUUCUUAAGAUAGAA